AUGUCAGAUUUCUUAUCUAAGGGGAUCGAUCUUGUUCAGAAGGCUAUCGAUGCCGACACUGCUACAAGGCACGAAGAGGCAUACAAACUUUACUACAAUGGACUUGAUUAUUUGAUGCUUGCCAUUAAAUAUGAGAAGAACCCGCAAACCAAGGACCUCAUUAAAUCUAAGUUCACAGAGUAUCUCACGAGAGCCGAACAGUUGAAGGAUCAUUUAGAGAAGCAGCAACAAAAGCUGAACAAUAGCUCUUCCGCUGAAGGUUCGUCAUCUGGGUCCACGAAAGCUAAGAAAGCAGGAGAUGGAAGUGACGAUGACGACGCCGAUACCAAGAAGCUCAGGGGAGCGUUGGCUGGGGCCAUCUUGUCAGAAAAGCCAAAUGUCAGCUGGGACGAUAUUGCUGGGUUAGAAGGUGCAAAGGAAGCUCUUAAGGAAGCUGUUAUCUUGCCAGUUAAGUUUCCCCAGUUGUUCGUGGGAAAUCGUAAACCUACCUCGGGUAUUUUACUCUUUGGUCCACCUGGUACCGGUAAGUCGUACUUGGCCAAGGCAGUUGCAACAGAAGCCAACUCUACGUUCUUCUCGGUAUCGUCAUCGGAUCUUGUUUCCAAGUGGAUGGGAGAAUCGGAAAGAUUGGUCAAGCAGCUUUUCACAAUGGCUAGAGAGAGUAAGCCUUCCAUCAUAUUCAUAGAUGAAGUGGAUGCCUUAUGCGGACCACGUGGAGAAGGUGAGAGUGAAGCACUGAGAAGAAUUAAAACCGAAUUGUUGGUGCAAAUGAAUGGGGUGGGUAAUGAUGCAAGCGGUGUGUUGGUGUUGGGAGCUACCAAUAUCCCAUGGCAAUUGGACGCAGCCAUCAGAAGAAGAUUUGAAAGACGUAUCUACAUUGCUCUUCCAGACGUUGAAGCUAGAACCAGAAUGUUCGAAAUAAAUAUCGGUGACGUACCCUGUGAAUGUACUCCGCAGGACUUGAAGACCUUAGCAGGAAUGACUGAUGGGUACUCUGGUCAUGAUAUAGCAGUCGUUGUGAGAGAUGCUUUAAUGCAACCAAUUCGUAAGAUUCAACAGGCUACCCACUUUAAGCCCGUGAUAUCAGAUGCGGACGGUAAGGAGAAGUUUUUACCUUGCUCUCCAGGAGAUGAUGGUGCUAGGGAAAUGAGCUGGAUGGAUAUUGGAACGGACGAACUUCAGGAGCCAGACUUGACCAUUAAAGAUUUUAUUAAAUCGAUCAAGAGUAAUAGACCUACGGUUAAUGACGCAGAUAUUGAAAACCACAUCAAAUUUACCAAUGACUUUGGACAAGAAGGUAAUUAG